AUGAACUACGGUGACAGAGUUAACACUGAUCGCGGAUUUGACGCAAUAACUCCGAUUUUACAUGAGUUGACCUUGCAAGCGAUGUGCCACGAUCUGCUUGAUAUCGAAAACGAUGUAUAUCGCUACGAAACUGGUGGAAAAAAUCAAGAAACUAUACUCGAUGAAAACGAUGAACUUUGGUUGGACACUCGUCACAAGCACAUAGCAGAUGUAUCAAAGGAGAUCAUAGCUGGACUGAAGAAGUUGGGAGACACUAAGGAUGCAUCGAAAGCUGUUGCAAAUGUGAAAUCCAUCAAGGAUCUUUCUGAUCUGAUAAAGAAGAUGCCACAGCAUCAGAAGGAAUUGCAUAGAUUCACGAGUCAAUUCCAUUUAGUGGAGGAUUGUAUGCAUAAGUACCAGAAUGGUGUGGAUAAGCUGUGCAAAGUUGAGCAGGAUAUAGCUACCCAGUUCGAUGUGAAUGGGGAGAAAGUCAAAGAUCCGGUGAGAUUGAUGGCACCGCUUCUGAUAGAUCCAGAAGUGAAGCUGGAAGAUCGUCUGAGGCUUGUUCUGCUGUAUGUUCUGAGCCAGAAUGGGGUCAGUGACGAAAAUUUGGAGAAAAUGCUCCAACAUGCAAAUAUUCCUAUGAAUGAGAAGGAUACCAUAACUAACCUGAGCUUGCUGGGUAUAAAUGUAAUCUUCGAACCGGGAAGGAGAACCCCAGCUCUUGCGAGAAGGCAAAGACCAAAUGAACAAGUUUACCAAACUUCUCGAUGGGUUCCGGUGAUCAAGGAUGUGAUGGAAGAUGCCAUCGAGGGUAAACUUGACUCCAGGAACUACCCAUUUUUACCCAACCACCGCACAAGCCAAGGAUUUGGAAUAGCCAGAUCAGCUCGUUAUGGACGAUGGCACAAGGAAGCAGCUGUUGGCCCA